UUUGUCCUCUCUCGGAACUCUUCUCCAGGUUGUCUGCAUUGCUUCUGGUGAAUUUUUUCAGAGUUGUGAGCACAAAAUCUAACCGCACGCAUAUACAUAACAGAUAUACAUUAAUCAAUCACACAGACACACUCACUGAAAAGCAUACAGACACACUCAUCUGGACACACUUCCCAUCACAUACUUCCUGCUAAGAUGCCGCGUGCCAAGGGCCACAGGCGGACACUAGCCGCCAGGACGAAGUUGGCAGAGUGGCAGUCAUCGACCCCCAUGCCUCCUGUGCCCGAGUUCGUCGCUCGGCGCGGCACUGGGUUCCGCCACCGCGUGCGGAGGUGGCCGACUUCGGACCUGACUGGCCGUCAGGUGAAGUUUGUCCCUCCAGCUUUCGACCCGGAGAAGAAGACUGUCUUCGUCAUCGGUGACUCCCACCUGAGGGGCCUGGUGGAUGGGGACGUCGCCUUACCCAAGGUACCUCUCUCUUUUUCUUUUCUGUCUGUUCCAGGUGGAGGUGCAGCUGACUUGAGGAAAGAGGUGGGGCGCCUGGAGUUCCCGUGGACCCCGGAUGUCGUCUGCGUGCUGGCCCCGAGCAACGACCUGGACCGUGGCGAUGCGGCGGUGGAGUUCGGCGCGCUCCUGACCAGAGUCCGCAGCCGCUGGCCCAAGGUGUUUGUUCUGGACUUCCCCCCGCGUCUGAACAAACCCGUGGGCCUGCAGGAUCUGCUGCGUCAGGAGCACCACCGCGUCGCAGCACGCAUGGGUCUCCCAUUCGUGGCUGUGACCAGCAGCUUCCUGCUGGAUCGGUUGGAGCUGUGGUGUUAUGACGGCGUGCACCUCAGCGACACAGGUGGCUCGCCCAUCCUGGUGGAGCUGUUGUGCGACGCUGCGCUCACCCUGUUCGCACCCGAUCCCCCUGCGCCUCCUUCCCCUGGUCUGAAGGACUCCCUGGAUCCCCGGACGUGGCCCAGGGUUGGACAGGAGGGAGAGAUGGCCUGCAUCACUGCAUCUGCUGUUCUUUGGAGGAAGAUGGCAGAGCGGCAGUCAUGGACCCCCAUGCCUCCUGUCCCCGAGUUGGUCGCUCGUGGCUCGCCCAUCCUGGUGGAGCCUGCGCCUCCUUCCCCUUGGUGGACGUCGCCACCUGCCCUGGUGACGAGGCCAGACCCCCUGCCCCGUCGGCGCCCAGAUCCCCGGAGGUGGACCACGGUUGGACGGGAGGGAAAGGCUGGAACACAGCCGGUGCUACAGUCCCUUCCCAUCCCGUCCAACCCUGUGUGGUUCAGCAGUCCUAUGUUGGAUGCCAUGGAGGAGUUCGCUCCUUCCUCUGACUCCGACUGCACUGCUGUCCCACCACCUGGCCAGGCUUCUCCUGGGAGGUGUCGUCGGAGACCUGUGGCCGUCAAGCGCGCCGGACGGAGGGAGUUUACUCCUUCCUCUGACUCCGACUGCAUUGCUGUCCCACCACCUGGCCAGGCUUUUCCUGGGAUGCGUCGUCGGAGACCUGUGGCCGUCAGCCGCGCCGGACGGAGGGAGCAGGUUGGUGUCACCGUUUCUCCCUUACAUUUUCAGGUGCCUGCGGUCUGUGGGGAGCCAACGGUCAUCAGGGAGGAGCCUGCUGUCCAGGAGGAACCCCAGGUGCCGCUGCAGGUCUUCACAGAUAAGGAAAACGGUCCCUUUGUGACUCUGCGUUAUGGAUUAGAGGGAAUUUUCAGACAGUACAGCAUGUGUCUGCUGACACUGGUAACGUCUACAUCUGCCAUCAUCUGUGAGGAUGGACAGUUCGCUGUGGUCGACAGUCACUCACGUAGUAGCUGUGGCCUGGUAGAUCACAACGGUACCAGUAUAAUACUGCACUUUUCCUGUUUAGAUGACCUGCAUCACUACAUCUGUUGUUUGGCUGACGCUCUCAGUCCAGGGCCGCAGCCUUUUGAGCUGUGUGGCGUUAGGGUUAGUGUAGGUGCAAGUCCAGCGUUGUCUGGAGCUUCUGUAGAGGGUUGCAUCUUUGAGAUGAACACUGCUGCAGCACCUGAGCUUAAUGACAUCAAAGAUGUUUGUGCCACCACCUCCUUGUUUGAAAGUGAUGCAGGUCAAGCUGUGAGCCACGCACAAUCCGGUGUUUCUGUGGAGAGUGGCUUCAUAGAGAUGAGCACUGCUUCGGCACCGGGAUUUACUGACCUUGAAAAAAAAUCUUCAGCCUCAUCUGUGUGUCAGAGUGGGGCUGGUGUUGAAGCGAGCCCAGCACUGUCUGGUGCUUCUGUUCUCACUUUUUUAAGUGAAGUUAGCAGUGGCUCAACAGCAGAAUUUGUUGCCACUGAUGGCAAAAAGCGUAAGAUUUUUUCCCGUGAACGCAUGUCUAAACAAUCAAAGCUUUUUGAUAGCGUUAUAGUAAACUCUGAUGUAGUGUUUAUCACUGCAUCAGAGAGUGGGAAAUUGUUUUUCCGUCCCCUCGCUGAUGAUGUUUGUAGGGCUUUGUGUAGUCAAUUACAAGUAGAUUUUAUGAAAGUCGGUGGUCUGGUGCAUAGAGAGGUGGGCUACUUAGGUGUUCCCUGCCUUAGUGAGAAAAUAGUUCCGGAUGGGAACUGCUUUUUCAGAGCUGUUUCUCAGGCUGUCAGUGGUUCACAGAAGAACCAUCGUAAGAUUAGACUGGCUGCCUGUAGAGAGCUAGAAAAUAAUGAGGCUAGGUAUCGGGGUCUUUUGAGGAGCGAGAUGUCGCUUUUAGAAUACAUCAAGCAGUCCAGGAUGAAGUGUGUCAGGACUUGGGCCACAGAGGUUGAAAUCCAGGCCACUGCUGAUUAUUUAGGCAUUGACAUUUUUACAUUUCAUGAUGGUCGUUGGCUAAAGUAUCGUUGCAGCAGUAAGUGUUUGUCAGCGGACUGCAUUUACUUGGAUAAUGUUGGGGGCCAGCAUUUUGAGUACGUUGUUUGUGUUUUAAAGCCUGGACUGCAAAGUUGUCAUGGUUAUUGUAAAUUAGGCUGGGAUAUAGGCUGUAGUACUAGGUCUUCAGUGAAAGAUGGAGCGGGGCACCCAUACCGGGAGUCGACCCUAGGCCGCCUGGGUGAUGUCCAGGAGGAAGCCCAGGUGCCGCUGCAGGUCUUCACAGAUAAGGUUGCUUCUUUUCCUCCCCCUAGUGGUAGUGUUAGUGAACCUCAGUCUGUCCGCCGUCAUGUGGCAAUGGUCGAGACGGAUUGUCGGGGAAUUAGGUUAGCUAAGGUUGUGCGCGGAUCUUUUCACCAGGGGGAUAGCAGGUUUAGUUACGGAGGGAUGCAAUGCAUGGCAAUUGCUGCAAGUAGUAUAGCUAAGCAUGUGGUGAAAAGCGUGUUUUCUUGGGAGACACAGGAUCUCGAUCGCAUCCUGUAUUCCGGCGAUGAAUUUUACAGUAGUAUGCGCAACCUGGGUCUUUUCAGCCAUCCGUCGCAUUUUUUGUCCGUGCCGGAUCUACCUAGUAAUGUAGUUAUUGACGAGCAGUUGUUUAGUUUCCAGUUUAGUCAACACCCAGCAUCAGGUGCUGUGGGUGUUGAGCAGGAAAACGGUCCCUUUGUGACUCUGCGUUAUGGAUUACAGGGAAUUUUCAGGCAGUACAGCACGUGUCUGCUGACACUGGUAACGUCUACAUCUGCCAUCAUCUGUGAGGAUGGACAGUUCGCUGUGAUCGACAGUCACUCACGUAGUAGCUGUGGCCUGGUAGAUCACAAUGGUACCAGUGUAAUACUGCACUUUUCCUGUUUAGAUGACCUGCAUCACUACAUCUGUUGUUUGGCUGACGCUCUCAGUCCAGGGCCGAAGCCUUUUGAGCUGUGUGGCGUUAGGGUUAGUGUAGGUGCAAGUCCAGCGUUGUCUGGAGCUUCUGUAGAGAGUUGCAUCUUUGAGAUGAACACUGCUGCAGCACCUGAGCUUAGUGACAUCAAUGAUGUUUGUGCCACCACCUCCUUGUUUGACAGUGAUGCAGGUCCAGUUGUGAGCCAUGCACAAUCCGGUGUUCCUGUGGAGAGUGGCUUCAUAGAGAUGAGCACUGCUCCGGCACCAGGAUUUUGUGACAUUGAAAAAGAUUUUGCAGCUCCAUCUGUGUGUCAGAGUGGGGCUGGUGUUGAAGUGAGCCCAGCACUGUCUGGCGCUUCUGUUCUCACUUUUUCAAGUGAAGUUAGCAGUGGCUCAACAGCAGCAUUUGUUGCCACUGAUGGCAAAAAGCGUACGAUUUUUUCCGGUGAACGCCUGUCAAAACAAUCCAUGCGUUUUGAUAGCAUUCCACUAAACUCUGAUGUAGUGUUUGUCUCUGCAUCUGAGAGUGAGAAACUGUUUUUCCGUCCCCUCGGUGAUGACGUUUGUAAGGCUUUGUGUAGUCAAUUAAAAGUAGAUUUUAUGAAAGUCGGUGGUCUGGUGCAUAGAGAGGUGGGCUACUUGGGUGUUCCCUGCCUUAGUGAGAAAAUAGUUCCGGAUGGGAACUGCUUUUUCAGAGCUGUUUCUCAGGCUGUCAGUGGUUCACAGAAGAACCAUCGUAAGAUUAGACUGGCAGCCUGUAGAGAGCUACAAAAGAAUGAAGCUAGGUAUCGGGGUCUUUUGAAGAGUGAUAUGUCGCUUUUAGAGUACAUCAAGCAGUCCAGGAUGAAGUGUGUCAAGACUUGGGCCACAGAGGUUGAAAUCCAGGCCACUGCAGAUUAUUUAGGCAUUGACAUUUUUACAUUUCAUGAUGGUCGUUGGCUACAGUAUAGUUGCAGCAGUAAGUGUUUGUCAGCGGACUGCAUUUACUUGGAGAAUGUCGAGGGCCAGCAUUUUGAGUACGUUGUUUGUGUUUUAAAGCCUGGACUGCAACGUUGUCAUGGAUAUUGUAAAUUAGGCAGGGAUAUAGGCUGUAACACUAGGUCUUCAGUUAAAGAUGGAGUGGGGCAGGCAGUAGAUGGGAUAGAUUGUCUAGAUUCAGGUAAAGAUUUGAUAGAGGUUGUAAAGGGCAGUACAAUAAGUAGGGAUUCUUGUGCGACAAAGUAUUUAAAGCGUAAGAAAAGACUGCAGGAUACAUUUAAUGUUAGCCGUCGAGAGAGACGUGCCCUGCUUUAUAGGAAAAUGUAUAGUGAGGACUUGAACUUCAGGGAGAGCUAUACAUCACGCAGUGUCGACAAAUACAGAUAUAGCUUAGAGCACAGGAACAGGGUGAAGGCACGCACAGUAGAAAAGUACCGGGAUAUUUUGGAUCACAGAGUCAGGGUUAAGGCACGCAGUAUAGCCAAAUAUAGUGACAAUAUCACGCACAGGUACACGGUUAAGGCACGCAGUAUAGCCAAAUAUAGUGACAAUAUCACGCACAGGUGCACGGUUAAGGCACGCAGUAUAGCCAAAUAUAGUGACAAUAUCACGCACAGGUACACGGUUAAGGCACGCAGUAUAGCCAAAUAUAGUCACAAUAUCAGGCACAGGUACACGGUUAAGGCACGCAGUAUAGCCAAAUAUAGUCACAAUAUCAAGCAUAGGUACACGGUUAAGGCACGCAGUAUAGCCAAAUAUAGAAACGAUAUAGAUCACAGAGAAAAGGUUAAAUUCGGGAGUAAAGUGGCGAGUAAAAUAAGAUACACAGACAAUUUAGAACACAAGCACAGGGUUAAAGCACGCAGUGUAGGAAAAUACAUGGCCGAUUUAGUACACAGACACAGUGUUAAGGCACGCAGUGUAGGAAAAUACAUGGCCGAUUUAGUACAUAGAGACAAGGUUAAACUAGGCAGCAAAAGGCAGUAUAGUGUUAGUUUAAAACAUAGACAGCAAGUGAUAGCUAGUGUACAGCUGAGUCGGAAGCAGAGGCUGGAGAAGUCUGUAGAUUUUGGUUUUGUCAUGGAUAGUUUUUUGGAUAAGGUUAGACACGGACCGGAUUUUGUGUGUAGUGUUUGUCAUAGGCUGCAGUUUAAAUAUCAGGUGCUGCGCUGUGAGAGGGAAGUAUAUGCAGCACGUUUAGCAACGGCUGGCAUUGCAAAUAAUUGCAUUAGUGAGCAUUAUCUGCAUAGUUGUGAUGAUAAGUGUGUUGAGCCCUGUCCCAUUGUUGAGUCCAGAGGUCAGUUGUGGAUUUGUUUUACUUGUCAUAGUAAGAUCAGUAAAGGUCAAUUCCCAGCUGAAUGUUGGAACAAUAACUUAGCCGUACACCCCAUUCCUCCAGAACUGGGAUGUCUGAAUAGCUUAGAGCAGCACCUGAUAGCUUUACGCAUCCCUUUUAUGAAGGCGUUGGCGUUGCCUAAGGGUGGUCAGAAUGGUGUACACGGGCCCGUUACUUGUGUUCCGGCCAACAUUGUACAAACCACCAAUGUGUUGCCGCGGUCCAGUAUGGAGGGGUCUCUGCUUCAAGUUAAGUUAAAAAGGAAAUUAACCUACAAAGGACACUACGAGUAUCAAUUUGUUGACUCGUGGCGUGUCAGGCGUGCUAUAGAGUACUUAAAGAGAACUAAUGUCUUGUAUAAAGACAUUGAGUUCAACGUGGAAUGGUUAAAUGAUUUUUGUAGGGAAGAAGAGGUUGUUGUAGAGGCUGGUCAGGGUAAGCAGGUUGUUGUUGACACACAGUCCAGUGAGGAUGAGGCUGUCGAGCAGGACAUUGGGGUAGAAGAAGAAUCCGAAGACAUAGCACAAGAUGAAAUGUUACAUGACAGACAACAGCACUGCAUGUUUCAGGACACUUGUCUUAUGCCUGUUGAUAUCGGUCAGGAAGCAUUAGAUCAGUAUUUUGCGGAUGUUGUAUGUCUGGCCCCCGCGGAAGGUAAUAGUCCGGUUAGAAUGCUUUCUGACAAAUUAAAUGAGGCGAAGUGUUUCCCUGUGCUGUUUCCGACGAGCACUAAUACAUUCCACACCCGCCGCACGCAUCGCUUAACAUUGUCGCGCUACUUUAAUAAUCGGAUAAUGCACGCCGACGGACGUUUUGCGCGCAAUGUGGAAUACAUAUUCUUUAGCCAGUAUAUGUCCGAAUUAGACCAAGUGAUAAGUAGCAUUUCGGUCGCCAUGCGUAAAGGUAAGGGGGGUCAGCAUUCUCAGCGGAUUUCCCCGGGCAUGCUCAAAGACGACGAGUCUCUGAAGCGCUUGCUACAGUUCGAUGACGGUUUUCGUUUCCUUCGGCCCAUUCGCGGGACGCCAGCUUUUUGGUCUUCCGUUCAGAAAGACCUUUUGGCUUGUGUCCGCCAAUUGGGGAUUCCUACAUGGUUCUGCUCUUUUUCUUCUGCUGAUUUGCGCUGGCAAAAUCUCCUUGCCAGCAUCCUGAGACAGGAAGGCAGACAGCAGACAGUAGAACAGUUAGAGUGGGCCGAUAGGUGCGAGCUGUUGCGUCGCAACCCGGUCACAGCCGCGAGGAUGUUUGACUACAGGUGGCACUGUUUUUUGAAGGAAGUACUCAUGUCCCCGUCUCAACCCGUUGGCAAGAUUGUAGAUUUCUUUUAUCGCAUUGAGUUCCAGCAGCGUGGGUCCCCCCAUGUUCAUGCGCUGUUUUGGAUUGAGGGAGCUCCCCAAAUUUAUAAAAACACAGAUGUAGAAGUUGCAGAGUUUGUUGAUAAAUAUGUGACAUGUGAGCUACCCUCUGGCGAUGACACACUAUUGGAAGUUGUGUCAUCGGUUCAAACGCAUUCAAAACGGCAUUCAAAGUCAUGUCGUAAAAAUAAAACGGUAUGUCGUUUCAAUUUUCCAAAACCCAUCUCUGCACGCACGUUCAUCUGCAAAAUCAAAGAAUGUGUUUGUCCUAAAAAGGGAACGGGGACAGAGGGUGAUCGCACUUCAGAAAACAGGCCAAAGUGCACCUGUUUUGACGAUGAGGGCAGGAAGAUGCCAAAGGAGGUUGCGAAGAUGUUUAUGGAGAGAGUAAAGAAUGCCAUGGGGAGGGAGGAGCCUUUUGGUAGUGUAGAAGAGUUGUUUGCCAGUGUGGGCAUCAACCAGGAAGUCUUUGAGCUCGCUUAUAGGCGGCUGGAGACUAAGAAUAAGGUGGUUUAUAGGCGAGGGGUAAACGACACCUGGGUUAACCAGUAUAAUAGGAAUCUAUUGAAGUGUUGGAACGCUAACAUGGACAUUAGCUUUGUCACUGACGCCUACGCAGUCAUCAUAUACAUCAUAAAGUACAUCACAAAAUCAGAGACCGAAAUGGGUCUGUUAUUGAGCAAUGCCCUUAAGGAAGCAAAUAAACUAGGAAAUCUCUCUGCUAAAGACGCUCUAAAGAAACUGGGCAGUGUAUAUUUACACAACAGAGAUGUCUGCGCUCAGGAGGCAGUGUAUAGGCUAAUGAGCAUGCAUUUGAAAGAAUGUUCCAGGAAGGUCGUGUUUAUUCCAACAGGGAAUAACAUUGUGCGGAUGAGUUUACCCCUCAGUGUGUUGUUGCAAAGGGCUUCCUCAGAGGGCCUUAGGUCCGAAAACAUGUGGAUGACAAGCAUUGUCGAGAGGUAUAAGAACAGGCCCGAUAGUGUCGUGUUUGACGAUAUGUGCAUAGCCACGUUUUGUUCGGAGUAUCGUAUUCUCAGCCAGAAUGAAAACUCGGACAAUAAAAUCGAACUUCAAGGGGGUUUAGGGUUCGUCUUGCGGAGAACACGAACGCAGUUUGCCGUCGUUCGCUACAUGCGGUUCAAAUUGGAGAAACAGGAGGAAGCCCACUUUCAGAGUUUGCUGCAGUUGUUCCUUCCUUAUAGAACUGAUUUAGAGCUCAAGCCGGAAGGCUUUGAGUUCUACAAACAGUUCCACGAGGAAGGUAAUGUGACGUCGGCUGGCGGGACCGAGCGGCCAGUGCGAGACGUCGUCGAUGAAAACAGGGCAAAGUUUGAAGUGGACUGUCCUCGAUUAGAGCGUGCGCAGGAGAUUGCGGACCUGUUGGGCGGUGUCGACGAGGAUGCGUGGGGGGACCUUUGUCCUGAACAGCAAGUCGAACACAUGGAAUGUUUAGAGGAGAGGCGGCAGCAGCAGCAGGGGGAAAUUAGAGACGAGCAGCUAGUUGAAUUGGAGGAAAAUGUCCCCGAUUUGUUUGUUGGUGGUAAACAAGUAGCUACAAUCGAGAGAAACACCAACAUUUUGCCUAGAAGGGAGGGUUUAGCUCUGGUCCAUUCUCUCAAUGAGACGCAGAGGAGCAUUUUUGAUAGGAUUAGGAAAUGGUGCCUAGAAAAGGUGAUGGGAAAAACCCCAGAACCUUUCCAUGUGUUCGUAACUGGUGGGGCAGGUACUGGAAAAAGCCAUUUGAUUAGAGCUAUCCAGUACGAGGCAGGGAGACUAUUGUCGCGUCUGUACCAACCGGAUGAAACCUGCGUACUCUUAACUGCUCCCACAGGCAUCGCUGCAUACAGUUUACAUGCAGCCACAAUUCACCACACCUUUAGUAUUGGCAUGCAGGUUAGUUUACCGUACAUCCCUCUGGGUGAAGAUAAGAUAAACUCCUUGAGGGCUCAAUUUGGUCACCUACAAAUUCUAAUCAUUGACGAAAUCAGUAUGGUAGAUCAUCAUCUUUUAGCUUAUGUGCAUGGCCGGUUAAGGCAAAUUAAACAGACGGGGGACUUUUCUCAAUUUGGCAACGUUAGUGUUGUAGCUGUUGGUGACUUUUAUCAGUUGCCGCCCGUUAAAGGGAGGCCGCUGUACACCUGUCAGGUGGGUGUGGACCUCUGGUGUCAUUUCACAAAGGUAGAACUAAAAACAGUUGUGAGGCAAAAAGAUAGUGUCUUUUCUGAGCUGCUAAAUAGACUUAGAGUUCGGUCAAAGGAAACCCCAUUAUCGCAAAGCGACGUCGAUAUCCUCAAGUCUCGGGAGACGGGGGAACAGAGCGCUGCUUUGCAUAUUUAUCCCACGAAUAUGCAAGCCAGCGAGCAUAAUCUGAAGCGGUUAUUCGCAACCUGUCCAGAUUAUGUUACAAUUGAGGCCCAAGAUUUUAUUAACAGCAGGAAAACGGGUGAAUUAGAGCGCGUGGUCGGGCAUCACGGUAAAACGUCGUACACGUGUUUGGCCAAGAGUUUGUGUUUGGCUCCGGAAGCACGUGUCAUGCUUUGUAAAAAUGUUGCUGUGGCAGACGGUCUGGUCAAUGGCGCAUGUGGAACAGUGACUUAUAUUCAAUUUGGAGCAGAUGAAGACUUCCCCCUCGUAGUCUAUGUCAAAUUUGAUGAUCCUAAGAUAGGCUCACAAAGGAGAAAGGAACGUUCCCAUGCUGCUGUAGAAUGCCCGCAUUCUACUGCCAUUGACCCCGUGGAGGAUUCGGCGACAAAACGCGGCGGUUUGCGUCGUCAGUUUCCUCUUAAACUCGCGUGGGCCUGCACUGUUCACAAAGUGCAAGGUCUAACUGUCGACGAGGCUGUCGUGUGUUUACACAAGAUUUUUGCAGCUGGGCAGGCGUAUGUCGCCCUCAGUCGUGUUAGGGAUAUAUCCGGCCUUGUGAUUACAGAUUUUGAGGAAAAGGCCAUUUACUGCAAGCACACCGUCAAGGGGGCAUUGGAUAGCAUGCCCCCAUUCCUACUUGAACAUCCACAGCCUUCAUUAGAAACUCCCUGUUUCUCUGUGUAUUUACUUAACGUCCAAAAUUUGCGUAGCCACGUCGCUCAUUUGGUGUCUUGUACGCAGCAUUUACAGCCUACCUGUAUUGCUGUCACAGAGACGUGGCUCAGUGCACAAUCCUCAACAGACUGUGUCCAAAUAGAGGGAUACACUUUCCACAGUUGUCCUCGAGCCUUGUGUUACAGCAGCAAUGAUGUCAAAUUAUCUGAGAUUAGAGAUCUCGAACAUGGCGGAGUGGGAUUAUAUGUUGUAGAUAAUUCGGACUGUGAGAUUCUGCAGGUGCCCGAUUUAAAUCUGGAGUGCUUGGUGUGCCUGUUUACCAAAGAGAACCUUUUGAUGGCAGUAAUUUAUCGUCCGCCAUGUUAUCCAAUUUCACUUUUUAAAUCCAAUCUGGUUAAGUUACUUGAUUGUGUAAAUCCCAUCAGUAACACAAUUGCUAUAAUGGGCGAUUUUAAUGAAGACCUCCUCAAACAUUCAUCAAUUUCUAAAUUAAUGGGCCAAAAUGGAUUUUGCCAGCAUGUAACACAAGAGACUACAGAGAGUGGGACAUUAAUUGACCAUGUUUAUGUCAAAACAACACAGUAUGCUGUGGAUUGUGCAGUGGUGUCCACUUAUUUCAGUGACCACGAAGCCAUCCUGUGUGGUUUUCGUGGUCAAGAUGAAGGUGAUACGUUUGAUUUGGAUGUCUUGUUUGCAGAUAGUUUUGCUGACGAAGAGGGUCCCUAAACAUCAUCACAACCGUCAACCCCCAAAAUGGAUUAACUUGCUGGAAUACAAAAGACCAUAUAACAUGCAUGUGAAAAAGUGCAAUAUAUUUAUCUGUACAGUACCGUAAUCUAUUUAUUUAUUAUACAUAUAUUUAUAUAUUUUUAUAUAUUUAUUUAUUUAUACAUGCACCUUAUUGCAUUUUUAUCCUGCACUGACAGGGAAAACUUCUAGUUUGUAGAUGAUAAUGUAUUACUAGAUUUGAUGUAGAAAUGUUUUAGUUCGGUGUUAGUAUAUCUUGUUGUCAUGUCUUGUGAGCAUGUUUUCUUUAGUUAUGUUGUGUUUCUUUAAAACGCCACUGGUUCCUGUUUUUUCACCCUCUUGUUUUGUUUCCCUGUCAACUCAUUAGUUGCACCUGUUUCACGUUUUGGACUCAAGCACCUGUCUCCAUGUCAUUAUUUACGCCUGGUUUUUCUGUUGGUCCUUCUGGUGUCGUCGUUGAUUUUUUUCAUGCUGUUUCAUGCAAUAACUCUGCUCUUCUCAUGCUGCAUGUCUUUUGUUGAUUCAUAGCCACAGUUAGCGACUUUUGUUUCAUGUCUAUAGUUGAGGCUAUGUGUUACUUUUUUUGUCUCCGCCUUGUGCGCGCCUUUUCUUUGCACCCUUACCUUCACGCCACGUACCGUCACUUCACUUUGCAUGCCGGAAUAACAUACCUCAACCCCAGUCCUCGCUAUGUCCCUGGUUUUUCUGUUGGUCCUUAUGGUGUCGUCGAAUUUUUUCCUGCUCUGUUCAUGCUGUUCCAUGCAAUACGUCUGCUCUUCUCAUGCUGCAUGCCUUACCAAGUAAGUUUUUUUUUUUUUUUCAUAGCCACAGUUAGCGAGUUUUGUUUCAUGUCUAUAGUUGAGGCUAAGUGUUAGGUUUUUUUUUUACCUUGCCUUGUGCGCACCUUUUCUUUGCACCCUUACCUUCACGCCACGUCCCGUCACCUUCCUUUGCAUGCUGGAAUAACAUACCUCAACCCCAGUCUUUGCUAUGUCCCUGGUUUUUCUCUUGGUCCUUAUGGUGUCGUCGCUUUUUUCCUGCUCUGUUCUUGCUGGGUUUGCAUGCCGCUUUGCAUGGCUUUGCAUGCCUGGGGGACAAUGGAUCAGCGUUCACGUCGCGUCCCCUGUCAGUACCCACGUUCACCGGGGGAAACCAAUGAUCCUACCUGUACAUGUUUAUAUUCUCUCAGGGACUGUUGUUUGCUUGUCUUGUUUGUAUGGGGUUUAAAUGUACAGAUGCCGGGAUACAGACAAGGUAGGUAAUGUGCAGGUAAUGAUAUAUUGACUGGGUGACGGCAGGAAGCACCAGCGUGACCCGAGGUUGUAGAGCAAGUAGAGAUAGAAAUAUUUAUAUAUAAAUAUUACUACUAAUACUAUAGCUGCUGCUAAUACACAUAUUAAUAACAUAAUACUACAAUAGCUGCUAUU